CGUCAACUUCAGCCUAAAGCUGGAAAGUCAACGACCUCGCACGAGCAGCUGGCGUCCAGCUCAGAAAGUAACAGCCAGGUUAUCUGUGUUGAUUUUCUCCUGAACGAACUAUCGCGAAGGCUUUAUUUGUGUCGUUUGUCGCAGCCAUGCAUUUCCUGAACGCGCUGCGCCUGUCAAACUCUGCUCAACUGAUGGUCAAAAGUACAGAUGUGGCGAAGAAGGUUUUCAUUGUGCAGCCAGCAUGCUGUAUGGGCACGAAAUCAAUAACACAGUUUCAGAGACGAUCCCCUGCAAUACGAGAUCAUUUCCAUCUGAAAAUACACAGAGAAACUAUAGAGGGAAGAGAACAGUCACCAUAUGGAACUCCACACAGGAACAUGCAUUCAAAGCCGUCUGGUUCUGGAGUGGAAAACAUGCUUUUCUACACCAUCACAGAGGGAAAAGAACAAGUGCCCAUCUCAUACUUUACAGCAGCACUGAAAAAAAAUGGUCUUCACCCAUCCGAUCCUCGCCUUAAAGACUGCAUGGAAAAGCUCCGACAGGCUGUGAAGGAAUCUGUUGGUGAGGUGAUGAUGGACAAAGACCUUUUCCACAGAUGUGUAGGAGGAAACAUUGUUCUGCUAAUCCAGGCCUUCAGGAAGAAGUUUAUCAUCCCUGAGUUUGACCUGUUUGUACAGAAAAUAAAUGAAAUCUACGAAAAAGUGCAGAAGCAAAGUGAUGGGAAGGUUGCAGACUACAUCCCCCAGCUGGCUAAAUUCAGCCCAGAGCUAUGGGGUGUGUCUUUGUGUACAGUUGACGGACAGAGGCACUCAGUAGGCCACACCAAACAGCCAUUUUGCCUGCAGUCCUGCGUGAAGCCCCUGCAGUAUGCCAUUGCCGUACAUGAGUCAGGAACAGAAAAGGUUCACCGCUAUGUUGGCAUGGAGCCCAGUGGACUCAAGUUCAAUGUGCUUUCACUUGAUGAUGAAGAUAAGCCCCAUAAUCCCAUGGUGAAUGCUGGAGCCAUUUUGAUCAGCUCUCUUAUCAAGCCUCACUCAAAUAAGGCAGAGAAGUUUGACUAUGUUAUGGAGUUUGUGAAAAAGAUGGCUGGCCAAGAAUAUGUAGGAUUCAGCAAUGCCACGUUCCAGUCAGAAAAAGAAACAGGCGACAGAAAUUUUGCCAUCGGAUACUACAUGAAAGAGAAGAAGUGUUUUCCUCUGGGAGCAGAUAUGAUUGAUGCCCUUGACUUCUACUUCCAGCUUUGCUCCAUUGAGGUAACCUGUGAGUCAGGAAGCAUCAUGGCUGCCACUCUGGCCAAUGGGGGAAUUUGCCCAAUUACAGGCGAGCGUGUCCUGAGUACUGAGGCUGUGCGAAACACCCUGAGCCUCAUGCACUCCUGUGGCAUGUAUGACUUCUCUGGCCAGAUGGCUUUUCAUGUGGGCUUGCCUGCAAAAUCGGGAGUAUCCGGUGCAAUUCUGUUGGUGAUCCCCAAUGUGAUGGGAGUGAUGUGCUGGUCUCCUCCACUGGACAGGGUUGGAAAUAGUGUCCGAGGAAUACACUUCUGUCAGGAACUUGUGUCAGUGUUCAAUUUUCACAAUUACGACAACUUGAGGCACUUUGUAAAGAAACAGGACCCUCGCAGACAGGAUGGCGAUGACAGGAACAAGUCUGUUUUCAACUUGUUGUUUGCCGCCUACAGUGGAGAUGUAUCGGCACUGAGAAGAUUUGCGCUUUCUUCCAUGGACAUGGACCUCAAAGACUAUGAUUCUCGAACAGCGCUUCAUGUUGCUGCAGCUGAGGGUCACAUGGAUGUAGUAAAAUUCCUCACUGAAACCUGCAAAGUUGAUCCAUUUGUAGAAGACAGGUGGGGGAAUCUACCGGUCGAUGAUGCCAUGCAGUUUGGGCAUGACAAGCUAGUGAAGGUGCUCAAAGAUUACCAGCAAGAGUGCAUGCAGCAGGAAAAGAAGCAGAGUGAAGCUGUGCAUCCCCAGAAGCUUGACACCAUCGACGGCAUGGUGUGAUAGCUAAAAUAAAGUUCUGAAAUUGUAAUACAUCAGGGCAUUUGUGCAAUUUUCCAAGUUUAGAAAUAUGGGUGUCCAUUUGUAGCACGUAACAUGAGUGACGCACAAACAACAGAAUAUAACUGUCAUGGAGCUUUAUGAAAGAGUUGGGAGAUUUUUAUUUCUUUAAAUUCCAAUCAGGUGAAUAUUUUAUUGUUUAUAAGUUCUAUUCUAUAACGUAUAUAUGUGUGAGGGUCACUUGAUUAAUAUCUCUGUCAAAGUGCAACUGAGUACAGUGUAGUGCCACACAAAGGGAAAUUGAUGCCACCUGACUCAAAGUUACAUGAAUUUCAGCAGCAGGUGACAGGGUAUAAAAGAUUUUUGACGACAGGAAGGUGUUUGCUGUUUUUGUUCUAUAAAGGAUUUUCCCUCCUUUGCCUUGGAUGAAUGUUGUGUGACACUGGUCUUUCUUACUCCCAGUCGAACCACCUAUCAAACUCAGCGUAUUUAAAUUAUUUGAAAUCCAUACCAUAAACACAAUGAAAUAAUAUCACAGCUAUAACACAGGAAAACAUGUUUAUGUAAACUGUUCAAAUUGAUAUUGACAUUUGAUAAUAGUGGCCAACUUAAUGUUAAUUUAUUAUGUAUAUUUUUAUACGGUGACUUGGGAAAACUGCAUGUUCAGUAUUUUUCUUACUGUAAAGAAAGAGAGACAAGGAGUCUCAGUGUGGUAUUUUAUGAUCUCCAGCCUCAUAAUAAA